GCUAUACACAUCGCGUUGCCAUUUUCAUCGCAAAGUGUAGUGUCAUUGACGGUAGUAGAAGAAUAAAAUUUAAUUUUUAAAGUAACAUAAAGAAAAAUGACUUUUAUAAGUGAAAAUCCAGGUCGAUCACUGCCUGAUUAUGAAACUCAGGCAGCAAAAAUGAAAAGUUUCAGCCCCUAUGCUGAUAAUGGAGGGAGUGUUAUAGCUCUUGCAGGAGAUGAAUUCUGUGUGAUAGCAGCAGACACACGUCUUAGUACAGGUUUUUCGAUUUAUACACGGGAACAGCAAAAACUGUUUCCAUUGUCAAACAAAACUAUUUUAGGAUGUUCUGGUUGCUGGUGUGAUACUCUCACUUUAACUCGAUUGUUGUCUGCUAGAAUGCAGAUGUAUGAACACGAGCAUCAAAAAGAAAUGCCAACACCAGCAGUAGCUCAAAUGUUGUCAACAAUGUUAUACUACAAACGUUUCUUCCCAUAUUAUGUUAGUAAUAUUCUUGGUGGAUUAGAUGAGAAAGGUAACGGAUGUGUCUACAGUUAUGAUCCGAUCGGACACUGUGAAGUAACAAAGUAUAGAGCAAGUGGUUCUGCUGGGGCACUUUUACAGCCCCUUCUUGAUAAUCAGGUUGGAUAUAAAAAUCAGGAAGGUGUUGAACCAGUUCCUUUGACAGAAGAAAGAGCCAUUGCAAUUAUAAAAGAUGUAUUUACUUCAGCAGCAGAAAGAGAUAUUUAUACAGGUGAUUCUAUAACUAUUAAAGUUAUAACAAAAGAUGGUGUAAAAGAUUUAAGUUUUGGAUUAAGAAAAGAUUAAUGAGAUGGGAUGAAAAUAAUGUAUUAUUAAAUUUCUAUACCAAUAAAAUUAAUACUAACCGGUAUAA